CAAAAGCAAAGCUUCAUCCUCAUCGUGUAUUAACGAAGUCAAGAGCCACCUUACCUUGACAACAUCACCCGGCUCAUUUAUAAUUGCAAUGGUAUCGUCGUAUAAAGGAAUAAAUGACUCCUUUGAGUGUCUACAAUUGUCAUGUGUUGAAAUGGCUAAUACUUUUAUCUUUCUUAUCUUGGUCGGAGCCGGUUCCGCAUUAUGGUACUAGACCAUUCCGUCCAAGUUCCGAGCGAGCGGGGAACCCGAUAACACAAGCUGGCAACCAACAUCACUCUAGGACAGACUGGAACAAUUAACCAAAGUUCGAUUUGAGAUUAAAGUACGAUGGACCAAGACGUUCGGAAUAAGAAAGAAAAGUCUAGAAGUGGUUGUCUCGUGUGCAAGCGACGGCGAGUCAAGUGCGACGAGCAACAGCCGAGCUGUCAUAGGUGUAUCAAGAUUGGGACCGAGUGUCCCGGUUACAAGCGACCUGUGAAAUGGUCCACCAAGUAUGAGAAGACCAACGUCUCUGAGCGCACCCCGAUCAAGCCUCGCAGCCGCACUCCGGCCAGGCAGAGUCCAAGUGUCCGGAGACUCUCUAAGGAUAUAGAGCAUCCUCAAGGUGUGCCUCGUCCCUCUGAGACCGGAGAACUCAACACAGUCGUGGCCCCGGGCGCUUUGAAGAGCAUCGGCACGAUCACACCAUUUCAGGACUAUUCGGGAGAGGCAUCGGCGCUAUUGCACUAUUACUUUUCUACAGUCUGCCAUGUUCUUUCCUCGUUCGAUUCGCUGCACAACCCGUUCCGCUCGGAAGUGCCCAGGUUAUUUACCCAGUCACCAUUGCUGCUCUACUGCGUGUUGAGCAUGUCCGCCGCACACCUCUACCAGGACGAAGAGUCAAGGGUUGUUGAUGUUCCGUUACGACUCCAGACCAAGGCCAUAUCAUACUUAGCUGGACAGCUACCCACGCCACCACAUACAAAUGGCUUAGAAGUGUCCAUCUACCGUGCGCCAACAGUGGAGAAAGUAGUCGGAGCUGAUAUCAAAGAUGAUGUGCUUCUGGGAACCAUUAUAUUGGGAAUGACAUCGGCCUGGCACGACGUAUCCUCCACGGGGUUAAUGCAUCUCCACGGAUCAAGGGAGCUCUUCAAAGCUUGGAUGUCAUCCAGCCAUCUGGACGCCACCAUGCAGGGAAUGAUGAGUGGGACGCAAAACUUUGUGGUCUCGUCAAUGGUGUACUGGGAAGCCAUGAGCUCCUUCAUCACAGAUCAAGACCCCAACGCUCUGUCCUAUCUGGACGCAUUCUGCCACCACCAUCCGCCACGUUCUCUACAGACGCGCCCGUGCCCCUGGACUGGCGUGGGGACAGUCACGUUCAUAUACCUGGCGAAAACGGCGACACUGGUGAGGAGGCUUAGAGCUCUGGGUCGCUGGGGCCUGUUCGGACAAGGUGAAGAUUUCCGGAAUACGUCGUACUCGGAUCUUUUACAACAAGCCGUGAAUUUGAAAGAAGAGAUCUCGAUGCUCGAAACCCCAGAUUUCGGCUCAGUCACGGAUAGCGGGGAUAUCUUUACGCCUCCAGGCCAUCUCAUCGCGAUGGAGCAAUGUUACCGACUGGCGGCUCUGCUUGAGUUGAAGAGAGCGUUCCCCGAGCUUUCGGAAACGCAACUUGUUCGGGGCUGCGCUGGGCUUGACGCAAUUGAAAAGGCGAGUGAGCAAGCGGAAUUGGUUUCCAAUCUUGCUUUGACAAUUCUCCAGACCAUGGAAGAGAUACCCGUCACCUCCGGUACCGUGUCAACGCAGCUGUUACCUCUCAUCAUCGCCGGGAGUGUUCUCGGCCUGGAACCGGGAGAGGAUACUACAAGUGAAGGAUUUGAGUUCAUGGACACUGCGGGAACUGCGGAAGAGGUCGCAAGGUGGAGGGAUUUUGUUCGAAUGCGCGCCCGUUGGCUUUACCAACUGAUUCGACUGAAGCCUGUGAGGCACGGGUUGCUCAUCUUGGAAGAAGUUUGGGCGCGCUUGGACGGCACACACGAGGCGAAUCGCGCUGAUGAUACCAACUCGGACAACGAAAGUUGUCAUUGGAUCUAUGUUAUGGAGGAAAAAGGACUAGAGACAAUGCUGGGUUAAAGCUAAAGCAAGCAUGGCAUAAUUCAGACUUGGGGACAUACAGACUUCACCAGGCAUUGGUGUCAAAAGGAGCAGAGUGAGCAGAGAUUCACUCAACGAGGGUCAAUCAGAAAAGAAUCAGAGUUAUCAGCGGAUUCGGAGAACUCGGCAGAUAGAUGCCCAUCCGCCUACACGCUUCAGGAGUGGUACCACACCUCGCACUUUUUGUCCCAAU